AUGGAUUCCUCCCCGGCCCCCGCCGCGCCGACCGAGGCCUCGGCCCCGCCGCUCGAAGACUGUCUCCGCCUCCUCCGCGGCGAGCGCGACGAGCAGAAGCUGGCGGGCCUCCUCAUCGCCGCCAACGUCUGCCGCGCCGGCGACGCCGCCGCCGUCGCCCAGGUCUACCGCGCCGUCGGGCCCCGGUUCCUCCGCCGCCUCCUCAACACCGGGCUGGGGAAGGUGGAGGGCGGGAAGGAGGAGGAGCGGGAGGCGUACCUGCGGCUCGCCGUGACCGUGCUUGCUGGGCUCGCGCGCGCCCCGGAGGUUGCGGCCGACGCUGGGGUCGUCUCCACCGUGCCCCUCAUCGCCGAGGUUGUCUCCAAAUCGCCUGAUCUGACAAUCACUGAAGAAUGUUUUGAACUUCUAUCGCUGGUUGCCAUAGCCUCUGAAGAUGGGGCAUACAAAUUUUGUGAGCCUGGAGUUAUGGACAUGCUCUUCAGUCAAAUCUCCAACUUUCCAGAUGGUUCAAGGUGCUUAGAGCUUUCCACUCAUCUAUUGCAGUUACUUGUUCAUAAACUCAGAGCAGACAACAUGAGUGUGGAGAAAUUGCAAGGCAUGGCAAGCAUGGUGGCUUCUCUUGCUAUGCUUUUCGGUGUACUUCAUACGGCAUUUAAAUUUGAAUCGCUGCACAUGCUUGCGACACUCCUUUCCCAAAAAGAAUCUCCACUUCAUGAUGCUUUGAGGUCAAUGCCAUCCGCAAUCUGGAAAUCUCAUAUCCAUGGUGGGAUUAUAGACGUUCUCCAAAACCGUGUUGUAUCUUCCGAAAAGCUACAAGCUCUUCUUUUGGCGGAGUGCAUGAUGUCCAUACUAGGCGAGAAUUGGUUGUCAGAAGAUCAUAAAAUCCUGGAUAACAAGAAUGCGAUCUCCGUUGACAAAUUUGUCCUGCUAGUCCUACAAUCUGCAAGAGUUGAAGUUGCUGUCCUUCUAAACGAACUUGCUUUUUCGAAAUACGAGUCAUCAAAAAGUUCUCAGAUAGAUGAUGCCAUCAUCCAGAAACAGAGAAACCUGGCUAUAUUGUUUUCACUGAUGGAAAGAAUAAUCAAAAUGAUAUCAGAUGCCAGUAGUGGUGAAGGUGAACCAAGUCAGACCAUCUGUGAAAAGACCAUAAUGCAGGUAAUUACGGGAUUAAAUGAGACAAUCAGCUUAGUGUUGGACUUCCUGCAGGAUGCAAAGGAUCAUGGGCAAAGGAAAGGUGAUGAUCUUUUGGCAGCUGUGAGAAUAGUAGGAAGCUAUCUGGCAGAGGCACCAUAUGCUUGCCAGGAGAAGACUGGUCAUCUACUGGAAUUUAUCUUUUCUAUCGAAGGUCAAGAUGAAUCAAGCCCCUUCUAUUCUGUUCGCUUCAUGCUUCCAAUGCUAUCACAAAUAACGACGACAGCUGAUGGAUGUAGAACUUUGGUGUCAUUUGGAGGCUAUAAAGCAGUUAUAGACUGCCUCAUUAAAAUGACCGAGGAGAAUGGAAUGAUGAUCGACGAUGGUAGCAUGUUUUUGGCAUGUGAUACUAUCAUAAACAUUAUGUCAAAUAGGAAGAAUUAUCCUAUUCAAAUGGAGCCUUGUUUCAUCCACCUCUUGCAAGCACUUACUACAUGGGCUGGAACAACAGAUGCUUCAUCAGUCGUCAUGACAGCAUCCAGCUUAUGCGCCAUGGUGAUGGAGUUGACAUCUGAAGAGUUCCUCUCGAGCUGCUCUGGUUUUGACCCCAAGACCCUUGGGAGUUUGUCUGACCUUAUUGUCAGAAGCUUGCGUCAGGAUAUCCCUGACGAUGAUAGCGAACAGCUUAACCAAAAGCAAAUCAUUGCAUCAGGUUAUAGGCGCUGGGCUGAUCGAUUCCCAAGUGUUAGAAAUGUUGUGCAUCAGCAUGUAUCUAUCUGA